AUGGCGACACCAAAGGAAGACCCGCCGAUCUUACCGACGCCGCUCGAAGUCCGCGUGCUGCAGAACGAAAAAGUAGUGAUGCGAAAGAACUCGAUUGGCCGCGAGAAGCAGGAUGCGCUCAAGGAUGCGCACGUGCUCAUACUGUACACUGGUGGGACGUUUGGAAUGACUCCGGACGCAGUUGGGACGCUCCAUCCAAAGUCCGGGUUCCUCGAACAAAAGGUGCGCGAAAUGGACGAGUUUAAGUUUGGCGGGAUGCCCAAAGUCACGAUCAUCGAGUGGGAAGACCCGAUUGACUCCUCUGACAUGUGUCCGGCCGACUGGGGUCGCAUCGCGCAAACGAUUGAAGAACACUACUGGGAUUAUGACGGGUUUGUGAUUCUGCAAGGUACAGACACGAUGGCGUACACGGCGUCUGCGCUCUCGUUCAUGCUGGAAAGCCUCGGCAAGCUCGUGCGCCGCAACCUCAUCAUGUCGGUCCUGUGCGCUGCAAGUCUUGAAAUUCCCGAAGUGUGCAUCUACUCGAACGACAAACUCUUGCGAGGCAACCGCACGACCAAGACGUUCAACAUGGCCGUCGAUGCCUUCCACUCCCCCAACCACCCCGUGUUGGCCUUGACCGGGGUCGAAACGAUCCUAGAACAUGGGCUCAUCCUUCCGUAUCCACGCCGUCGUUUCAGCACGUUUACGAACCUCCACACCAACAUUUGCGUGUUCCACUUGGUCCCGGGCUUUGACGACGACUGCAUCACAGCAUACGUUGAAAAGCACAAGCGAGAACAGCCCGACGCUCAGGCCAAGGCCAUGGUAUUUGCGCUGUACGGCACCGGAAACGCGCCGCUCAAGAAGGAUGGGUUCCUCCAAGUGAUUCAAGACGCCCUGGAUGCGCACAUCGCCGUGUGCGUCACGACCCAGUGUCUCCAUGGCCGAACGCAGCUCGACACGUACGCGACAGGCAUCAAGUUGCUCCAAAUGGGCGUCAUCACGUCGUACGACAUGACAAUCGAGUCGUGCGUGACCAAGCUCGCGUACCUUAUGGGCAAGGGGUACAGAGGCCCAGAACUCAAGCUCAACAUGGAAACGGACUUGCGAGGAGAAUUGAGUGUCUUGGACGUGACGGGCGAGACGGAUCUGACACGACCCUCGAGCAUGACGCGAAAGAAGGUCGUGAAGCGCAUGUUGUCUCACUAG